CACAACUCUUGGUGGAGCUUGAUUAUUACCACCUGUGUUCACUUGACGUCAAGUUGGUGCGAGCAAAACAAUGUGACUGUAUCACCGUUAGCUUUGUGUAUUAUGUUGCCAAAGUCCACUGUCGACGACUAGAAGGUAUUUUUGCCCUGAAUCAUGCUGAACAACAACACAGGCCCAGUGGCCAAACUCUACUUGUCCAUAAUUGAUGAUGUGAUUGAGAGUAUGCGGGAGCUCUUUUUGGAUGAAGGGCUUGAAGACCGCGUCCUGGAUGAUUUAAGACAUCUUUGGGAGGCAAAGAUGAUGCAGUCAAAAGCAAUGGAAGACUUCAGAAAAAAUAAUAUCAACUCAUCCAACUUUGUGCUGCAGCUCCCUGCCAGCUACAGUCGGACAGAUCAAGAACUCACAGCCUCAGUUGUGAUCCCUGCGAGUCACAAUAUCCACAGUUUCCCAAUGAAGACCAACUCCGAGACAAUUGCUACUUUCUCUCUUCCUGCUGGGUUAUCGUACCCUGUGCAGAUACCAGCUGGAGUCACUCUUCAAACCGCCUCUGGUCAACUUUACAAGGUCAACGUUCCUGUUGUGGUCACUCAGGCUCCAGCAGGUCAGCCUCUUAUAUCCCGAACCAUGCAGAGAGUGUUUGUGGGGAGGGAAGCUCCUGCCCCCCAGUCAUCUACUGUCCCACCAAAAACCACUCGGCCUCAGGAGGUGGAUCCACCCUCUGUUCCAGCUUUUUCUCUUCAACUGCCGCGACAUUCACAGGUUGAUAUCCCCCCUUGUCAGGAGAAGAGUGUCCCCCAACCACCUCAAGUUCCUGCUGCUGAGCCAUCGCAGCUUCAAGGGGCCCGCUCUCCAGAGCCAGACAUCAACCUGGAAGAAAAUGAGCAGAGUCCACAACGCGAACCUGUGAACCUCAGUAUGAACGCCUCACCCUGCAGUCAGUUAUUAGAGCAGAUCAGCAGCGAGGAGGCUUUGACUCAGACGGCACAGUUUAAGAGCCGAGACAUUGAUGACAUCCUGAAAGAAGUGAUUGAGGAGGAGAGAGAGAAGGCAGAAAGGGCGAGGAACCUAGCGCCAGCUAAGAAUGACAACCAGUCUGAUCCUGUUCUUGGGCUGGACCUGGACUUCAACUACAAUGAGCUGUCGGACAUCGUUCAGCUGGAUGGUCCUGCGGGGAACUCGGACAUGGAGGAGGAAGAGGGAGGUCCCAUGGAAGAGAACGACUUUCUGGGUAUAAUCAACGCAGAGGCCAUAAAGGCCCUGCAGGAGGGGGAGGGAAGCAGCGACGGAAACAGCGUCUCCUCCAGCAGCGACAGCGAGGGAGCAGAUCUCGCCGAAGCAGUUGAAGAGGAUCCUUUGAACUCAGGCGAUGAUGUGCACGAGCAGGACAUCCCAGAUCUCUUUGACACUGACAAUGUAAUCGUCUGCCAGUAUGACAAAAUCCAUCGCAGCAAGAACCGCUGGAAGUUUCAUUUGAAAGACGGAGUGAUGUGUUACGGAGGCAGGGACUACGUGUUCUCUAAAGCUGUCGGAGAGGCCGAGUGGUGAUGAGCAUCAGCACUCUUCAACGCAUCAGAUCAUCAUGUAGAGCGACGGGAAACUGAUCCAAAAGGGAAAAAUAAUCAGUGAAUUUAGACCUCUUGGUGGUGUCAUUUGGCUCGCAGAGAAGGCAGUUAAACACCUCUGUGUGAAAUCACUGAUACUUUAGUUUUUCAUUAUGUAAUUAUCAGAACAAUACCGCAAGUCAUUUAAAAUGUAACAACCAAUUACAUUCAGCGUUGCUUCUGGAUAAAGUGUACUGAGACAGACGGCAUGAAUUUCUGUUGUUAAAUAUUUACCUGAAAAUACUUUUCUUUAUUAGUAGAGCAAAAGAUUAUUUGACCUGGAAUAUAUUUUCUUCUGUCAUGAUCAUGUUGCUUUGAAGGUACCUAAUUUGCUGUUUGAUUUGUAGUAAUGCCUUGACUUUAAUUAUGCUUCAAAUACACAGAACUGCACUGUUGUGCUGCAUUCAAUUAACCCUUUUCUUUCUGACAACCCUGACAAAGCCUUUGUUGCCUUGUUACAUUAUUUACCUAAUGAACUAAGUGUGUUUGUUUUCUUUUCACUAUUGAACCAAACGGCUGCAUGCAAAUUCACUGGAAUACGACACAGUUCAUUUAUAAAAGCCAGCAUGGACACUACAAUCGAUUUAAU